AUGAUGCAGAAGCCACCACAGAAUGUGGACUUUGCACUCAAGGAGACCUCCCCAAAAAUUGGGGCAGGAGCCAUAGCAACCGACAAGCUAGCCUCAACUUAUGAUCUCGUCGAGCAAAUGCAGUAUCUCUACGUCCGAGUGGUGAAAGCACGAGACUUGCCUUCCAAAGAUGUCACUGGGGGCUGCGAUCCUUAUGUUGAGGUCAAGCUUGGAAACUACAAAGGAAUCACAAGGCACUUUGAGAAGAAGUCAAACCCUGAAUGGAACCAAGUCUUCGCCUUCUCGAAGGACAGAAUCCAAGCAUCGGUUCUCGAAGUCACAGUGAAGGAUAAAGAUGUUGUUGUAGAUGACUUGAUUGGCAGAAUGAUGUUCGAUCUCAAUGACAUCCCGAAGAGGGUCCCACCAGACAGUCCAUUGGCCCCACAAUGGUAUAGGCUCGAGGAUCGGCACGGGAAUAAAGUGAAGAAUGGUGAGCUAAUGCUUGCUGUUUGGAUGGGGACUCAAGCUGAUGAAGCAUUCUCCGAUGCUUGGCAUUCUGAUGCAGCAACUGUGGGCCCAGAUGGUGUGGCAAACAUCAGGUCCAAGGUAUAUCUCUCACCCAAGCUAUGGUAUGUGAGAGUGAAUGUGAUUGAAGCUCAAGACUUGAUACCUAACGAUAAGACCAGGUUCCCUGAACCUUAUGUGAAAGUCCAGUUAGGAAACCAGCUGAUGAGAACUAGAAUAUGCCCAACCAAAACGAUUAAUCCGAUGUGGAAUGAGGAUCUAGUGUUUGUGGUAGCCGAGCCCUUUGAGGAGCCCAUGAUUUUGUCUUUAGAAGAUAGAAUAGCUCCCAACAAAGAUGAUACCUUGGGGAGAUGUGUCAUUCCGUUGCAGCUAGUCCAAAGAAGGCUUGACCACAAGCCGGUGAACACAAGAUGGUUCAACCUCGAGAAGCAUGUGAUUGUGGAUGGUGAGAAGAAAGAGACUAAAUUUGCUAGCAGGAUUCAUUUAAGAGUCUGUUUGGAAGGAGGGUACCAUGUUUUGGAUGAAUCAACACAUUACAGUAGUGACCUUAGACCAACUGCUAAGCAGCUGUGGAAAACCAAUAUCGGCAUCUUGGAAGUUGGAGUCCUGAGUGCAGUUGGAUUAUCACCCAUGAAGUCGAAAGAUGGGCGAGGGACCACUGAUGCUUACUGUGUGGCGAAGUACGGGCAGAAAUGGGUGAGAACAAGGACUAUUGUCGACUGCUUUACACCGAAAUGGAACGAGCAGUACACGUGGGAGGUCUUUGAUCCUUGCACCGUGAUCACCGUAGGCGUCUUCGACAAUGGACAUCUGAAUGGAGGGUCUGGAAGAGACUCAAGGAUUGGGAAAGUGAGGAUUCGACUCUCCACACUCGAGACCGAUCGAGUGUACACGCAUGCUUACCCUCUAUUAGUCCUACACCCUUCAGGAGUGAAGAAAAUGGGUGAGCUUCAACUAGCUGUGAGGUUCACCUGCUCAUCAUUGAUCAACAUGCUUCACCUGUACUCACACCCUUUGCUCCCCAAGAUGCACUACAUCCACCCAUUAUCGGUUAUGCAGCUGGACAUCUUAAGGCACCAAGCUAUACAGAUAGUAUCGAUGAGGUUGAAUCGAGCCGAACCACCACUGAGGAAGGAAAUCGUCGAGUACAUGCUUGAUGUCGAUUCACACAUGUGGAGCAUGAGAAGGAGCAAAGCUAACUUCUUUAGGAUCAUGAAUGUCUUGGGUGGGUUGAUAGCCGUGGGGAGAUGGUUUGACCAGAUAUGCAACUGGAAGAACCCUAUAACCACAGUUUUAAUCCACAUCCUCUUCAUCAUUUUAGUUCUCUACCCUGAGCUAAUCUUGCCUACUAUCUUCCUUUACCUCUUUCUGAUUGGGAUAUGGAACUAUCGGUGGAGGCCGAGGCACCCACCUCACAUGGACACCAGACUCUCACACGCCGAUGCUUGCCACCCUGAUGAGCUGGACGAGGAGUUCGACACAUUCCCCACCAGCAGGCCAUCUGAUAUCGUGAGGAUGAGGUAUGAUCGUCUGAGGAGCAUUGCGGGGAAAGUUCAGACCGUGGUGGGGGACCUGGCUACUCAGGGGGAGAGGUUCCAGUCGCUGUUGAGCUGGAGGGAUCCAAGAGCUACAACUUUGUUUGUGACAUUCUGCUUGAUCGCUGCCGUCGUGCUGUACGUGACGCCGUUCCAGGUCGUGGGGCUUCUGAUCGGGAUCUAUGUGCUGAGGCAUCCCAGGUUUCGGCACAAGCUUCCUUCUGUUCCUCUCAACUUCUUCAGGAGGCUGCCUGCAAGGUCUGACAGCAUGCUUUGA